AUGUUAUCUCGAGCCCUUGCUUCCAAGAGUGGAAGUGCUGCCAUGAUGGCACGCACCAUGGUUCCACGCCUUGCACGUCCUACUGCUUUGCGCUCUAUGCCUAUGGCACGCAACACUGCUGCUCCUCGUCAAAUGUUUGUUCGCUUGCAACAUGCCACCAAGCCUGCAGGUGCCACUCACCAGGUGUUUAAGCCUCUUGAUACUUUCCCUCGUCGACACAUUGGCCCUGAUGAUGCCGACAAAGCAGCUAUGCUCAAGUCUAUUGGCCUUAAGGAUAUCGAUGAAUUGUUGUCCAAAACCAUCCCACCCGCUAUUCGCUCUCCCAAGGCUUUGGCAUUGAGUGAAGGUGUUCCAGAACGUGAAUUGCUCAAGCGUCUCAAGAGCAUCGCCUCCAAGAACAAAGUCUACCGCUCUUACAUUGGUAUGGGUUAUACCGAUACUGUUGUGCCCAACGUCAUCUUGAGAAACGUUUUGGAGAACCCUGCAUGGUACACUCAGUAUACGCCCUAUCAACCUGAAAUCUCUCAAGGUCGUCUUGAGUCCCUCCUCAACUUCCAAACCAUGGUCUCUGAUAUGACUGGUCUCCCUAUUGCCAACGCAUCUUUGCUUGAUGAAGGCACUGCUGCUGCUGAAGCUAUGCUUAUGUGCUGGCAAUCCGGUCGUCGUGCCAAGAACACCUUCAUUGUUGACGAGAACUGCCACCCUCAAACUAUUGCUUGUCUCAAGACUCGUGCCGAAUCAUUCAACAUCAACGUUGUUGUUGCCAACGUUUUCAACUUCAAGUUUGAAGAACACAAGAAGGAUUUGGCUGGCGUUUUGUUACAGUACCCCAAUACUCGUGGUACCGUCCAUGACUAUGAGGCUCUCACUGCCACUGUUCACGCCGCCGGUGGUAAGGUUGCCGUUGCCACUGAUUUGAUGGCCUUGGCUGUGCUCAAGGCUCCUGGUGAAUUUGGUGCCGAUAUUGCUCUUGGUAACAGCCAACGUUUCGGUGUCCCACUUGGCUUUGGUGGUCCUCAUGCCGCCUUCUUUGCAUGCAAGGAUGACCAAAAGCGUCGUAUGCCAGGUCGUUUGAUUGGUGUUUCAAAGGAUGCUCAAGGCAAACCAGCUCUUCGUCUUGCUUUGCAAACUCGUGAACAACACAUUCGUCGUGAAAAGGCCACCAGCAACAUUUGCACUGCUCAAGCAUUGCUUGCCAACAUGUCUGCCAUGUAUGCUGUUUACCAUGGUCCCGAGGGCAUCAAAAACAUUGCCAACCGCAUCCACAACAUGACCUCUGUUCUCGCUCAAGGUUUGCGUACCGCUGGUUACACCAUCGAAAAUGAUGGCGCCUUCUUUGAUACCCUUUCCGUCAAGGUCGAAAGCUCCUCUGCUGUUCUCCAAAAGGCCCUUGAGAAGCAAAUCAACUUGCGUGCCAUCAAUGCCCACACUGUCUCCAUGACUCUUGAUGAAAGCGUCACUCAACAAGAUGUUGCCGAUUUGUUCUCAGUGUUCAGCAAGGAAGGUCAACAAAUCAACCUUGAACAAGUUCUUGAUGCUCCCUCUGGUAUCCCUGUUCCUUUGAAGCGUGCUUCGCCUUACUUGCAACACCCUGUUUUCAACAGCUACCGCUCUGAAACCGAAAUGUUGCGUUACAUCCAUCAACUUCAAAGCCGUGACUUGUCCCUUGUUCACUCCAUGAUUCCUCUUGGUUCUUGUACCAUGAAGCUUAAUGCUACCACUGAGAUGGUUCCUGUUACUUGGCCCGAAUUUGGUAACAUCCAUCCUUUUGCCCCUGAAGAUCAAACUGAAGGAUAUCGUAUCAUGCUUGAUGAGUUCUCCAAGGACCUUGCCGAGAUCACUGGUUUCGAUGAAGUUUCUUUGCAACCCAACUCUGGUGCCCAAGGUGAAUACGCUGGUCUUCGUGCCAUUGGUGCCUACCAUGAAGCACGUGGUGAAUCUCACCGCAACGUCUGCUUGAUCCCUAUCUCUGCUCACGGUACCAACCCUGCUUCUGCUGCUAUGGCUGGUAUGGAUGUUGUCAUUGUCAAGUGUGAUAACAACGGUAACUUGGAUAUGGCUGAUCUCAAGGCUAAGGCUGAAAAGCACAAGGACAAGCUUGCUGCUUUCAUGGUCACCUACCCCUCUACCUUUGGUAUGUUCGAACCUGGUGUUGUCGAAGCUUGUGAGACCGUUCACAAGUAUGGUGGUCAAGUUUACAUGGAUGGUGCCAACCUCAAUGCCCAAAUUGGUCUUACCAAGCCUGCCGAAAUUGGUGCCGAUGUUUGCCACAUGAACUUGCACAAGACUUUCUGUAUCCCUCACGGUGGUGGUGGUCCUGGUAUGGGUCCUAUUGCAUGCAAGGAACAUCUUGCUCCUCACCUUCCUGGUCAUCCUGUUGUCAAGACCGGUGGUCAAAACGCCAUUGGCCCUGUCUCUGCUGCUCCUUAUGGUUCGGCUUCCAUCCUUCCCAUCUCUUGGGCUUACAUCAAGAUGAUGGGUAGUGAAGGUAUGACCGAGGCUACCAAGACCGCUUUGUUGAGUGCCAACUACAUGCGUGCCCGUUUGGCUGAUCACUACGACAUCUUGUACACCAACGAGAAUGGCAUGUGUGGUCACGAAUUUAUUGUUGACAUCCGUCCAUUUGUGCCCAAGGGUAUUGAAGCUAUUGAUGUUGCCAAGCGUCUUCAAGAUUAUGGUUUCCACAGCCCUACCAUGUCUUUCCCUGUCACCAACACCCUCAUGGUUGAGCCUACUGAAUCCGAAUCCAAGGCUGAACUUGAUCGCUUCUGUGAUGCUAUGAUUGCUAUUCGUAAGGAGAUUCAAGAUGUCAUUGACGGCAAGGUGAACAAGGAAAACAACGUGCUCAAGAACUCUCCUCACUCUUUGGAGGUCAUGAUGGGUGACAAGUGGGAUCAUCCUUACACCCGUGAAGAAGCCGCUUUCCCUAUGGCUCAUCUUCGUCAAAACAAGUUUUGGCCUUCCGUUGCUCGUGUUGAUGAUGCCUGGGGUGAUCGUAACCUUAUGUGCACUUGCCCUUCGCCUGAGGAGUACCUUGAUGAGUAA